GUCCUUGGUGCUAUUCACACAAUCAACCUGGCAGGACAUCAGCUAAUAGGGCAAUUUACCAAUCAUCAGGUACCGCGGGCACUCCUGCGCAAGCCAGCCGCCAGCUCAGACUUGGCAAUAUGAUAGUAAAGUGGUAAAUUAAAAAAAUAAAUAUUUGUUACAAAAAAGCAGACAAAAUGCUGCUAAUAUUCAUAUUAGCUGUUGUGGCUGCGGUGUCGAGGAGUGAGGAAGAUAUAAUGAAGAACCUAACCACAGUCACCUGGGCGCAUGCCGUGAAUAACAAAACUUAUCUUGAAGCGGCUUUAGCUAGUGAAGUCUCUAUGCUGGAAGCUGACAUCGUAAUGGGGACUAUUAGGGGUAAAGAUGGCCCCCCUCUACCUAUAAUGGCCCAUCCCCCCGCGACCACUUCUGACCUGACCUUAGCAGACUUCCUCUCCGCUGUUGCUCAAUAUAACAAGGGUAACUCUAAACCGAAAGGAGUCAAGCUGGACUUCAAGAGCAUAGAGGCUUUUGAAAAGAGUCAGGACCUGAUCGCUAAAUAUACCAAACCUGAGGUAAACUUCCCAGUAUGGCUGAACGCAGACAUCCUGCCUGGUCCAGUCAAGGCAACCACUAAACCGGUGGACCCUGUGAAGUUUCUGACUCUAGGGUCGAAGCAUCCUCGUGCUGUGAUGUCGGUGGGUUGGACCACCAACUAUGGCAAGAACGUUACCGAGGGGGAGUACAGCAGGGAUCAGAUCGGGACCAUGUUGCGCAUGAUCAACGAGUAUAAGAUCAAUCAGACAGUUACUUUCCCUGUCCGAGCCGGUCUAGCCUGCAACAGCCAGCCGGUCCUUCUCGACCUGCUGCGAGAGACCACCUCCCUCAACUCGUCAAUGACGGUGUGGUCCAGCGAGGGAGACGCCGUGGAGGUCGACCGCAUGCGGGCCCUCAUCCUGACCGUCGGCUUGGAGCGCACGUACCUCGACGUGCCGCACGAACUGGCAGCACGCUUGCACCUCCCACCAUCCGAUGUCGGAGCUAAGAACUAAACUGAUUAUAUUUAUUUAUUAUAUUAUUA